UAGAAAGGAACAACGAAGUGUUACUACUCCUCCACUGUUGUUUCUUCCAUUCCAUUCCAUCGCAGUCGAAUGCUUCAUCUUCUUUUCAAUUUCCAUUCAAGCAGGCUGCAAAUCAAGCAGGUUCAUUUCCUUCUCCUCCAUUUUACUCCUUUCUCCUCCAUCCCUCUCCAAUCUUCUGCAUCGCCUACAAAACCCACCACAAAUAAUGCAUCUUCGGAUAACUUUCGUGGCAUUGCAAAACAUGUGAUAUCCAACUGCUCACAUCUCCGCGACAACACCAAAUCUCUCAAACAUUACUUCCUCACGCUUUCUUGCAUCUCCCCGGAAACUGUUCGCAAAUUCUGGAGAGUUCGUCUGUUAAAACCCCAAGAUGUUCUUGAAAUUCUGCUUGGGUUUCAAUGCGGCGGCGAUAAUUUUGUGCUUGAGCCUAAAAAGGUCGAAUCUUUGUUGGGGAUUUUUAAGCGGGCCAGUGAGCAGACUAAGGGUUUUGAACAUCUUCCUCAAUCUUACAAGAUCAUGGCGUCGAUGCUUGUCCGGGUUCGCCUGUUUGAGGAGGUUGAAUCCUUGCUAUCCAUGGCGGGUACUCGAGGAAUUUUGUUGGAGGAUCAUGAAAUUUUCAGUGACUUGAUUCAAGGGUAUGUGGAUGAGCUUCAAUUGAAGAAGGCUGUUUCAAAUUAUGAUAGAAUGAGGAUUCUAGGCCUAGUUCCAUCGUUAUCAUGCUAUAAAGUCCUGCUUGAGUUCUUAGUUCAAUUAAAUGAGACACAAUUAGGGUCUCAAAUUUUUGUUGAUGCUAUAGAGCUUGGUUUGGGAAGAACAAUAGCAGAAGGGUGCAUUUAUGGGAGUGUUGUUCGGCUUUUGUGUGCCGAAGGUAAAGUUCAGGAUGCUAGAAAUCUUGUUAAGAAGGUUCUAACUCUUGGAAUCAAGCCCAAUGAUUUAGUUCUCAAUUCCAUGGUUACUGGAUACUGUGAGAAAAAGGAUUAUGAUGAUAUACUGAGUUUCUUUGUUGAAGUAAGAUGUCUCCCUGAUGUUUAUGUUGCCAAUAAAAUCAUACAUUCUUUGUGCACUGAUUUUGGUUCCGAGUGUGCUAACUCGUUCAGGCUGAAGCUAGAAGAACUAGGUUUUUGUUCCAAUGAAAUAACCUUUGGGAUUUUGAUUGGUUGGAGUUGCCAUGAGGGAAAACUGAAGGAUGCAUUUGUUUAUUUUUCUGAGAUUCUGUCAAGAAGUCUCAAGCCCCAGAUAUAUUCAUAUGACUCGCUUUUGAGUGGCCUUUUCAAGCAGGAUAUGUGGAAGCACUCUCAAGAAAUUCUCAAUGAAAUGAAAGAUAAGGCAGAAGUGCUCCAUCUAUCAACUCUUAGGGUUCUUUUAGCAGGGUAUUGUAAAGCUAGACAGUUUGCUGAAGUGAAAGCUGUAGUUGUCCAGAUGGCAAACUGUGGCUUCAUCCAACUAACACCCCUAGAGGAUCCACUUACCAAAGCAUUUACACUACUGGGACUUGGUCCCUCUGCUGUGAAGAUACAAAGAGAUAGUGAAUUGGGAUAUUCUAAGGCAGAAUUUUUCGAUGACCUUGGGAAUGGACUUUAUCUGGAUACGGAUCUGGAAAAGUAUGAGACUGCUAUGGAAAAAGUUCUUGAUGAUGCCAUGCUUCCCGAUUUUGAGUCCCAAAUAUUGAAUUGCAUUGGGAGCAAAGACAUCAAAGAAACUAUGCUAAUGGUUGACAAUAUGGCGAGGUGGGGUCAAGAGCUGUCUUUGCCUGUGUUCUCAACAUUAGUGAAAGGGCUUUGUGAAUGCCGCACUAGUAUGAAGACGGUUAUCCGUCUGAUGGAGGAAAAUCCUAAGUUUAAGUAUCAGCUUGAUCAAGAAACUUCAAAUAAGCUUGCUCAGGCUUAUGGUAAAAAAGGUUUCAUGCACCGAGCAAGAAUAAUUGUGAAUGGGAUGCUACAGCAGCAUCUAAGUGUUGAGAAUCAAACCCAUACUGUCUUGCUACUUGGUUUAUGCAAGAAAGGCGAUAGAAGAGCUCUAGCUAACUACUUGCAGCUUGCACAAAGAUAUAACUGGGUUCCUGGCUUGAAGGAUGGAAAAGCUCUUCUCAGAUGCCUAUGCCAACAAGGAUUGCUUGGCAAGGCUCUAGGGCUAUUUGAGGCCGUGCUAGUGCACUACCCUCAUAAAGACUUCGUUGCCUUUAAUGAGUUUCUUGAGCAUCUUUGUGAUUCGGGGUAUACAAACUCUGCUCUUGUUUUAGUUGACACACUCAUAAGCCAUGGUUACAUCCCUGACCAUGGGACUUAUUGCCUUCUUAUCAAUGGAUUUUGUAAAGAAAAGAAAUUUGCCAAAGCUUUUGUGCUAUCUGAAACUAUGCUUUCUAAGAAUUUCCUCCUGCCCAUCGAUGUAUGUAUUAAGUUAAUUCCUCAGUUAUGCAGGACUGGUAACAUUGAGAAAGCUGUUGUUUUGAAAGAUAUUUGUGCAAAAGAGAAACCUUCUGCUUCGCUUUAUGUAAACUGUGUUCUAUUGCAUGGUUUUUGCCAAUCUGGGAUGGUUGGUGAAGCAUCAAAACUCUGCCAAGAGAUGCAGGGGCAGGGCCUUGUCCUCGACAAGGAAGUCUAUAAUCUUCUAGUUCAAGGAUACUUUCAAGCUAAAGACUUCAAGAAAAUUGGAGAGCUGCUUGGUGUCAUGAUCCGGAAGAACUUGAAUCUUACAGUUGCAAGUUACAGAAAUUUCUUGCACUUAAUGUGUGCAGAAGGCAAGCUCCAUCUUGCAUUGAACUUGAAAGAGUUUAUGCUUAAGGAAAGAAACCUUCCACACACUUUGAUAUAUAAUAUACUGAUUUUUCGCCUCUUCUCAGUGAAUAAAACUUCAAUUGUGAAUACACUUGUACAUGAAAUGGAAUCUGAAGGACUGCUGCUUGAAGAAGUCACUUACAAUUUCCUCAUUCAGGGAUUCUCUCGGUGUAAAGAUGUGUCAUCUUCCUUGCAGUAUUUGAAAGCUAUGAUGCAAAAAGAUCUUAGGCCAAAUAAUCGUAGUCUUAGAGAGGUAAUAAAGUGCCUUUGCUGCAAUGGGGAGCUUGAAAAAGCUUUGAACUUGUGUGAGGAAAUGGAAUCGAGAGGUUGGACUCUUGGUUCAGUCAUUCAGAAUGUCAUACUCGAAGGCCUUCUUUCUCGUGGCAACCUCAGAGAAGCAGUGCAGUUUUUAGACCGUAUAGCUAUAAAAGGCCUGAUUCCAGGAAACAUCGACUAUGAUGUUCUUAUUAAAUGGUUUUGCCAGCACGGAAAUGUAGACAAAGCAGUAGAUCUUCUGAACAUAAUGUUGAAGAAAGGGAAUGCCCCAGACUCUACCAGUUUUGAUUACGUUAUCCAGAGUUUUUGUUCAUGUAACAUGUUGGAUCUAGCUCUGGACUUCCAUACUGAGAUGUUAUGCAGGAACCUAAGAACAAACAUCAGCACAUGGAACACUCUUGUCCGUAGCUUAUGUAAAGGAGGCCGAGUUGCAGAGGCAGAAAAUUUACUUGAUUUGAUGGUUCGAAUAGGUGAAAUUCCAAGCAGGGAAAUGUAUUACGCUGUGAUUAAUGAGUACCGCUCUGAGAAGAGCUUUAGCAAGGCAUCUCAGGUUUUACAUACAAUGCAGCAAAGUGGGCAUGAGCCUGAUUUUGACACUCACUGGUCUCUAAUCAGCAAUUUGAACAAUUCCAAUGACAAAAACGGGGGUGAAAAGAAAGGUGGAUUUUUAUCAAGAUUUCUUUCUGAAGUUGGAUUUUCUCGGAAGAAUCCAAAUGCCAAGAAGGGGUCAAUAACAAAACCUGGCUCUCUGAAGAUAAAUCAUAUGGCACCACAUGUUCUAGUCUGAUUAAAUUUAGCAUAACAUUAGCCAAGAAAAGAAAAUGGCAAGACAAGAAAAAAAAUUAUAAUUAUCUGA